UUCGGGGCGUCUUUUUGCUUUAGAGCAAAGUUUUACUAUCUACAGUCCUUCAUCCAUAUAGAAUUUGAACUAAAGCCACGCCUUUUACUGUCAAAGGUCUAUGCAGAACCGUGACGGGUUGCGUAUUUCCGGUCUGUCUUUUCACGCGAUAUUUGAACCUGGCUAUUGUGUGCCACGUAGAACUGGUUUGAAACAGAGGCAGUGCAGGAAAAAUGGGGCAAUGGUUGAAAUAUGGCUGUGCCUUAUUGGUAGCAACCUUGAUGGUGUGUUGUUUGGUGCACACAGCCUUGUCCCAGUCACAGGAGGAUUUUCAUCAUGGCCACAGCCAUGCACAUCACGGGCACAGUCAUGGUCACCAUGGACAUGGCCACAGUCAUCAUGGGCAUGAUUGCCAUGGACACGGUCAUUCCCAUCAAGGACAUAGUCAUGAGGAUGUUCACCAUGGUCAUAGCCAUCAGGAUCACCACGGGCACAGCCACGAGGAAACCCAGCAUGAACAUAGUCACAGUGAUAAAGAGCAGAGCCAUGUAGUAGGAGAAGAGCGCACCAAAAGAGAGGCAGCAACUGGAGAUAAUUUAAUACACAAUCAUGGGUCAAGAGAGAAAAUGGAACCUGUGCAACUUUGGACAUAUGCUAUAUGUGCCACACUCCUGAUAUCAGCUGCUCCCUUCUUCAUUCUCUUCCUGAUACCUGUACAGUCUAAUAGCAGCCAGCACCAGUCCCUGCUCAAACUACUCCUGAGCUUUGCCUCAGGGGGGCUUCUCGGAGAUGCCUUUUUGCACCUCAUCCCUCAUGCACUAGAACCACAUUCUGCACAUGAAGCAGUUGCAGAGCCCGAAGAAUCACAUGGCCACGGACACUCUCAUGGGCAUAACCACUCCCACAUGAUGUUAGUUGGCCUUUGGGUCCUUGCUGGAAUUAUUGCCUUCCUUGUUGUUGAGAAGUUUGUGAGGCAUUUAAAAGGAGAACAUGGUCAUGGACAUAGUCAUGCCGCAAAGGAAAGCCUAGCGGAUGAUGCAACAGAGAAGGAGGAGGAAAAAGACCCAGGGAAGGAUGGCGUGAGGCACAGAAAGAAAGGAAAUAGCACUGCGCAGAAAGGCAAAAACAGCAAAAAGGAAGCCGUACAAUCAGAAAUGACUGUUUCUGGCUAUUUAAAUCUUGCUGCUGAUUUCACCCACAACUUCACCGAUGGACUAGCAAUUGGAGCCUCAUUCCUGGUCAGCAGCAAUGUUGGAAUUGUCACCACAAUCACAAUUCUCCUACAUGAAGUGCCUCAUGAAAUUGGGGACUUUGCUAUCCUGGUACAAAGUGGAUGCACAAAGAGGAAGGCAAUGAUGCUACAGCUCAGUACAGCUUUGGGAGCACUUGCAGGCACCGCUUGCUCUCUAUUGGCAGAAGGAAUUGGGGAAGCCGCAACCUUAUGGAUUCUGCCAUUCACAGCAGGGGGAUUUAUUUAUAUUGCAACAGUUUCAGUAAUCCCAGAACUCCUGAAGGACUCGCGCCCUUGUCAAUCCAUCUUUGAGACCUUUGGAAUCCUCCUUGGGGUCGCUAUGAUGGUUCUAAUUGCACAGUUUGAGUAGAGCCACUCGCUGUAAGGAUGAGAUCAUGUGUCUUUCAGGGACGUACCAUUCCAACCUAUUUUUGCUAAACGUUAUGUCAGAGUUAGGGAUGGGCGAAUUUAACCAGUUUUGCUUCGCCAACAAUUUGCCGCCUGCGAAAAUUUGCCGAAAUGCAUUAAAGUCUAUGGGCGACAAAUUUAUUUUGACAUGCAACAUUUUUUUUCGUCCAUUGAAGUCUAUGGGCGUCAUAUCUGCGGCGAAACGCGGCAUCCCUAGUUGUAGUUAGAUAUUUGUGAUAUAACCUAUUGUUACUGCCAUUAACUAGGCAGCCUUAAUACUGUAAUACUUUAAUGUCCUUGGGCAUCCAUAAACCACAGCGGAAUACUGCAAAGCUUUUAAAGGGGAAGUUAAUGUUAAAAAUACAUUUUAGUAUGAUAUAGACUGUGACCAUCUACAUCUCGCAAUCAGAAAGACAGGCUGAAAGAUUAAUAAAAUGAGGCAUAAAUAAAAAAGAUAAGUAAUAUAAAAUUAACAGUAAAAAAAUAUAGUCUCCUAAUGAAUCCUCUCUGUGGUUGCUAGGGACACAGACCUAUGGUUGCUAGGGACACAGACCUGAACAGCUAAUGGUCUCAAAGGGGAAAACAACACGCCGGCACACAACAUAGAUUAACUGCACUUGUCAUUGAAGUUAAUGUUCUGAAACUCUUAAGUUUGUAAUGACAAGAUAGUUUUCACCCAAUCAUGACCUUCCAUUUCUUUUAGUAGAUUAUUUGUGAUAAUUCCAUAAAUCUGCCUUGCUGAUAUUAGUGAGAAAAUGUGUUUUUUUUUUUAAAAUUCUGUAAAUUAGAUUUAUUUUUAUAAUAAGAUUUGAGGGUUAAGAGAAAGUAAUUGUUGGAACUUUUAUGAGAUGAGUGAAUUUCAUUAGCCUCUCACAGUGGGAUCAGAGCAGAGGUGCUGAUUGCUGAGCAAAAAUGUAGAUUGCAGAACAAGUAUGUAAUGGGAAAUCGUAAAUAAAUAAGGAGACUUUA